CCCGGGCGCACAGCUUUGCAGGCAGGAGCAGAGGGGUUGCUUGGUGCUGGCGAAGUAAAGGAAGCUGUUGCCUACCAAGAGGCUCCUGUCUUGCUAUUGUUCCCCCUCCCAGGAUUCCAUCAUUUAAAAAGGGGCUGAACUUUAAAAAAAUUGCCAUAAAUAGUCAUUUUUAACCCAAAAAGGAGGGAAUUGAUUUGCAAAAACUCCCUGAAGUUUUGCAACUAGAGCUUUUAAAAAAGUCACAGUUGCCUAAAUCCUCUAGAGCGUGACUCCAAACCACUCCGGUUUAAAAAAAAAAAAAAUCUCUUUUGGGGGGGAGAGACAAAUCAUUGCAACCAGUCACCAUGGUGGUGUUCAGGAAGAUCAAGACCUUCGAGAUCGUCUUCAGCGAGCCUGACAAGGUCUUCUGCAGUGGAGAGAAGGUAGCCGGCCGUGUGCUGGUGGAAGUGACCGAAGUCACCCGGGUCAGCUCAGUUAAGGUGCUGGCUUGUGGGGAGGCCAGGGUGGUCUGGAUCAAGGGACCCCAACAAUGCAAGCAGGAGAUGGAGUACCUGCGCUAUGAAGAUGUCCUCACCCUGGAUGAUCAUCCUACUGAUGAGGAUGGUUCUGUGAUCUUGAGACCUGGCAACAAAUACGAAUACAAAUUUGGAUUUGAGCUUCCCCAGGGGCCUCUGGGGACCUCCUUCAAAGGGAAGUAUGGCUGUGUGGAUUACUGGGUUAAGGCUUUCUUGGAUCGCCCAUCCUGUCACCCCCAGGAGAUAAAGCAGCACUUUGAGGUCAUGGAUCCUGUUGAUGUCAACACUCCGGACUUAAUGUCGCCAGUCGCUGCCAAGAAAGACAAGAAGGUGUCCUGCAUGUUCAUUCCUGAUGGACAUGUGUCUGUCAGUGCCAGGAUUGACCGAAAAGGAUUCUGUGAAGGUGAUGACAUCUGCAUAAAUGCGGACUUUGAGAACAUCUGCUCCCGGAUUGUGGUACCCAAAGCAGCCAUUGUUUCCAAGCAUACCUACUUGGCAAACGGGCAGACCAAGGUUUUGACUCAGAAACUUUCCUGCGUCCGAGGGAACCCCAUCAUUUCGGGCAUGUCUGAGAGCUGGCGGGGUAAAACUCUCCGAGUCAAGAAGAUCAAACCAUCCAUCCUGGGCUGCAAUAUCCUGCGUGUGGAGUACUUCUUGCAGAUCUACGCCAGCGUCCCUGGCUCCAAGAAGAUCGUUCUGGAGCUGCCUCUCGUCAUCGGUAGCAGAUCUGGGUUUGCCAGCCGCAGCUCCAGCAUGGCUAGCCAGGCUAGCUCUGAAAUGAGCUGGGUGGACCUCAAUAUCCCUGAUGCUCCAGAAGCACCUCCAUGCUACCUGGACAUCGUAUCUGAAGAUCACCGUCUGGAGAGCCCCACCACUCCCCUUCUGGAUGAUCUCGACAGUUCCUUCGACAGCCCAAUCUUCAUGUAUGCCCCAGAGUUCAAGUUCAUGCCUCCUCCCACUUACACAGAGGUGGAUCCCUGCAACGCUAACAACAAUGUGCAGUGAGUACCAAGCAGCAGCCGUUCCUCUGUUUCUUCUACUUUCCUGGACUCACUUUCAGUCUGCAGUGAUUGUACCUGGCCAAAGUUCAGAACGGGGUUUCAAAGCCCUGAUGCGGGAAGAAAACGUCCCAAGGAAGCGUGGGGUAGGGCAGCUUCUGCCAGGCUGAAAAAUCCCAGCUGUCACGGAAGAAGGCAGAUGUAAAGGUCUUUCUUCUAAGAUGUGCUGUGUGCACAGACUUGAUGUGAUGAGCACAGAGGCUAUCGGGCCUUGCCUGCACUCCAGAGCCCUUAAGAAUCUCCCUGGAAAAUAAAUAGUUGCUUGUGUGGAAACUGUAAUGGGAGUACAUGGGGUGGAAAAGGUGUGUGCUCUGUGGAGAGCACUUAAGAGUUGUUUCGUUACGAAGCCAGCAGAUUCUGACUUAAAAAAAAAAAAAGGCUUCUGUGCCAGAAAAAUUACCAUCAUCGUGCCUUGAAUCUGUUAGUAUGCUGUACUGAUGAUCAGUCAUCUUUGAACACCUGAUCUAUUUCUCAGUGUUUUUGUUUUUUUAGUGUCUGAAGAUUUCAUUGAAAUCUUCAAUCUUCUGAUUGUAAACUUGUUGCUCUGUAAGGAUUGGUGGAAACACUUCUGUGCCUUGGCAGUAGGUAGAAGUGAAGAGAUCAAAUAGCAGUCGCGGAGGGGAAGAACUUAAGGUUUUAAUAUGCAAAGGAUAUUUAUGCAUGUCUGUCUUUUUUGUUCUUCUAACAAGCAAAUGAAAUGUUAUCCAGUCCAAAUGUCUCCAAAGCCAAGAUUUUAUACAGUCAGUUCAAAGCAGUGUCCUAUGGCUUGUUUUUAUUCUUUGGUAGCAUUUAUUGUUCAACUCCGUUUUCUGAAUCUGCUAAACAAGUGUAACUCCAUGGUCCUGUUGAGAAGAAUCACUAUCUCAAUCCGCUUUUGUUUUGAAUUUUUAUCUUCCUUUGUGCAGAUAAACCAAUGCAACACCCCCCCCCCAAAAAAAAAAAACCCGACCAUCACUACUAAUUGGGUCAAUUAGCCUCAGCAGGUGCACAGAGGAGUCUGGCUGGGAUUGUGCUUCAAGGACAACCCAAGAAAUAACAAACUUCUCUGUGCCCAGGCAAACCCUGAGAACUUUCUCACGCUUUCCCUUGCCUGCGGGUCCCAAACCCACUCUUUGGCACCAAUUGAAGAAGCUUCGAUCAAACUAUCUUGUGCAAUGUCCAGACACCUGGGGAAAAGGUGCAUGGCCUAAAGCGAGGCUGUCCCAACUUAGUCGAGUUAAACCAAAAAAAAA